CAGUUGUCGCAUAUAGUUGCCGCAGAGUCGCCACAUCAUCAUCUGAUUUUUGAUAAAAAAAAAAAAAGAAAAAAAAGAAAAAAAAAAGGGAUCGAUAUCAAAACUUCAGAGCUGAUUCCCGCUUCUUGGUCCUCUGUUCUACAACCUCAUCUUCAUGCUCACAGAAGGUUCGUGGCUUCGUAGUGCUCUGGGCAUAGGUGGUCUUCGAUCUCACAGAAAUUUCGUGGUGCUCUGGUCUGAAGCUUGCAGUGGUCUUUGAUCUCAUAGAAGCUUGGGUCGUGGAGUCGUGGUGGUCUGGUCUGAAGCUUCGUGGCGUCGUCUUCUUCUGGAGGCCGUGUUCAGCUUCGUGAUGUCGUUUUCUACUCAAGCUCGUCCUCGGCACCGAGAUCUUCAAGUCUUAAAGUGGAUCUGUGUAGGUAUUUUUGUGGGUCUAGUCUUCAUUCGUGUGGGUCAAGUGUCGUCUUCAUUCGUGUUGGUCUUCAAGAGGCCGUAAGAUAUUCGGAUGGGUCUUCUUCUUCGUGGAUCUCUGUUAUGAACUUUUUGAAAGAGACACCAUCAGAUUUGGUAAUACAACGUAGGCCAGACCGUAAGAUAGAAGCUACUCUUUUGCUUCAGAGGCUGCUCUUCUACUUCCCUCCAAGUUCAGCUACGGAUUUGAACAGAAUUUUUCUUGCAGGAAGCUCAUCAUAAUUAAACCACGAAGAGGGAGUCUCACAAGGCUUAUAUGCUCGGCCCACAAGGAAUCACGAUCUGCAUUUGUCAUCUGCAAAUGCGUUUUAAUUUUUUCAUCUUACCCGCCCACGUACAAGGCCGAAAUGAGUGUGCUGAUUCAUUACAGUGUGCAAGCCACGGCCCAGCCGUCCGAUCUCCUUUCCGACUUAAAGACCGACACCCAGACCACUGUGACUGUCGGCGUGGGUUUCUUCUGUCCUGCACUGAUAAAAACCAAACGGUGCUCCACCUACCGGAUUCAGUAGAACUGUUUGUCGAAAACAUUGACUACAAAUCUCGGAGAAUCCAAUUGUAUCAUCCACACCGUUGCUUUCUAAGAGAUAUUCCGCAUCUCAAUUUAUCUUCCUCGCCUUUCCAGUUCACACCAGAUCCAGAUUACCCUUUAGUUGACUAUGCCUUUUUCAAUUGUACCCGUAAAGAAACGAAAGAGGAUGAAUACAGUAAUACCUGGAUUUCUUGUCUUAGUGGCCCUAACCACCAAGUUCAUGCCUUGGCUUAUGAAGAUUCCAUCACCCGCUUUCCCUUACCCCCUUGUAAAAGGAUUUAUAACCUUGGAUCGAUUCCACCUUAUUUGGUAUCCAGCGAAACUAUUUACAUGAAUUGGUCCAGAACACCAGAUGAAGCGAAAGGUACGUCAUCAACAAAACUAGUCACCGCUGGUGCCGUCUUAGGUUCAUUUCUUGUACUACUGGUGGUCUUUGCUCUCCAACGUCUCUAUAUUAAUGAUAUGGUAGAAAAAGAAUAUCGGGCAAAGAUUGAAAAGUUCCUGGAGGAUUAUAGAAAUUUCCAGCCGACGAGAUACUCGUAUGCUGAUAUUAAAAAGAUUACAAAUCAGUUUGCAGAGAAGUUGGGCCAAGGAGCAUACGGUACAGUAUUCAAAGGAAAACUUUCCAAUCAAAUUCAUGUUGCCGUGAAGAUCCUGAACAACAGUUCCAAGGAAAAUGGUGAAGAAUUCAUAAAUGAAAUGGGAAUAAUGGGUAGAAUUCACCAUGUUAAUGUGGUUCGCCUUGUUGGCUUUUGUGCUGAUGGAUUUAGGCGAGCACUAGUUUAUGAGUUUUUAUCAAAUUACUCACUAGAGAAGUUCAUAUUUUCAGCAAAUGUCAAGAAGCGUUUUCUUGGAUGGGACAAGUUGCAAGAUAUUGCCAUCGGCGUUGCAAAAGGAAUUGAAUAUCUUCACCAAGGAUGUGACCACCAAAUCCUCCAUUUUGACAUCAAACCCCACAAUGUUUUGCUUGACGAUAACUUUAAUCCAAAAAUUUCUGAUUUUGGUCUUGCAAAAUUGUGUUCCAAGGAUCAGAGUGUAGUAUCUAUGACUACGGGCAGAGGGACCAUGGGGUAUAUUGCACCUGAAGUGUUCUCUAGAAACUUUGGGAAUGUGUCUUAUAAAGCAGAUGUUUAUAGUUUUGGAAUGUUGCUACUUGAAAUUGUUGGAGGGAAGAGAAAUGUUGAUGUCACAGCGGAAAGCACUAGCAAGGUCUACUUUCCAAAAUGGAUUUAUAAUCUUUUAGAACAAAAAGAAGAGUUAAGAGUCUUUAUCGAAGAUGAUGGAUAUACUAAAAUUGUAGAGAAACUUGCAAUUGUCGGAUUUUGGUGCAUACAAUGGCACCCAAUGGAUCGCCCUUCCAUGAAACUUGUAGUUCAAAUGUUGGAAGGAGAAGAAGAUAAAUUAAUCAUGCCUCCUAAUCCUUUUGCCUCCUCAGGCCCUACAAAAGUUCAAGCACGGAAACCUACCACGCGUUUAGGUCAAGAUUUGGAGGUUAUCCCCGAAUCAGAUUAAGUAUAAUUGUUUAGAUUUUGUUUUGAAAUCUCGUUGUAGUUGAGCAUUAUUGCUUUUGAUUUUGCAAUCGUAAAGGAAUUCAAGGUUGUUUCUUUUC